AAACCCGGAAGCGGGAGCGGACGGCUCGGGAGUUGGGAGUGCGGCGGCCCGGGCAGCUCGGCCGCGCGCCCCGCCCCUCCGAGGCCGACCUCCCGUGUGCCCCCACCGUGGCUUGCGGGCCCUCGGCGUUCUGCUCCGGCCGCCGGUGUCACCCGCACCGGAGCUGCCCGGAGCCGCCCACGGCAGGCGGGAAGGGGACGUGGGGGUGGCCACGCAGGGUUAACCUCCGUCUCAGCUAAUCAUGGGAGAGAUAAAAGUCUCUCCUGAUUAUAACUGGUUUAGAAGCACAGUUCCCCUUAAAAAGAUUAUCGUAGAUGAUGAUGACAGUAAAAUAUGGUCGCUCUACGAUGCGGGUCCCCGAAGUAUCAGGUGUCCUCUCAUAUUUCUGCCUCCUGUCAGCGGAACAGCGGAUGUAUUUUUCCGGCAGAUUUUGGCUUUGACUGGAUGGGGUUACCGGGUUAUAGCUUUGCAGUAUCCAGUUUAUUGGGACCACCUUGAAUUCUGUGAUGGAUUCAGAAAACUUCUAGACCAUUUACAACUGGAUAAAGUUCAUUUGUUCGGGGCUUCUUUGGGAGGCUUUCUGGCCCAGAAAUUUGCUGAAUACACUCACAAAUCCCCUAGAGUUCAUUCGCUCAUCCUCUGCAAUGCCUUCAGUGACACUUCUAUCUUCAACCAGACUUGGACUGCAAACAGCUUUUGGCUGAUGCCUGCAUUUAUGCUCAAGAAAAUCGUUCUUGGAAACUUUUCAUCUGGCCCAGUGGACCCUCUUAUGGCUGAUGCCAUUGACUUCAUGGUGGACAGGCUGGAAAGUCUGGGGCAGAGUGAACUGGCUUCAAGACUGACACUGAAUUGUCAGAAUUCCUACGUGGAACCUCAUAAAAUCCGGGACAUCCCUGUGACCAUUAUGGAUGUGUUUGAUCAGAGCGCACUUUCAACUGAAGCUAAAGAAGAAAUGUACAAACUGUACCCUAAUGCCCGGAGAGCGCACCUUAAAACAGGGGGCAACUUCCCCUACCUGUGCAGAAGCGCAGAGGUGAAUCUUUAUGUACAGAAGAACCUGUCUCAAAAAAAAAAAAGAAAGAAAGAAAAGAAAAAGAAAAAGAAAAAAAGAAAUCUUGGAAAUGUGAUGUCCUGUAAGUCAGAUAAAUUCAGUCAAAAGUCUUAGCAAUAGAUUAAAUCAGGUUGAAAGAAUAUCAUAGUUGAAAGAAGACUAUCAAAUACAGGUCUUUUGAUUACUGAAACAGAAACAAAAAUUAAGAAUGAGGAUACAUUUGAGUUCUCUGGGACACUACUAAAAGAUCAAAUGUCUACCUUACUGACAUACCCAAAAAAGAAAAAAUAAAGUUUAAGGACAUAAAAAAAAAAAGUCCUGUUCAUGGAAUAGUAGAAAACUUACCUAAUCUUGGGAAAAGCACACGUAUUCCUCAGCAGGAUGCCGAUACAAUCCCAAAGAAAUGGUCAGAGAAGAGGUCGUACCAUGACAUAGUUGUAGUAAACUGUUAAAAGUAUAAAAAGAAAGACAAAACUUUACAGUCUGCAAGAGAAAAGUGCCAGUAUACAUUUAAGGGAAACUUCAUUAGACCAACAGUAGAAAUAACAGCAGAUUUCUCAGUGGAAACCCUAGAAUGUCAGGAAGCAUGAAUUGAUAUAUUUCAAACCCGAAAGAUUUCUGUACUCAAAAUAUCCUGAAGAACGAGAAGAGAAAUUAAUGUCUUGGAAGCUCCUUAAAAACGGAAGGAAUUUAUAACCACCAGAUAUUUGAGAGUAUUACUACUAUAAACUCUCAGACCACAGAGAUGAGUAAGAGGAACAAUCAGAAUAUUCAAAAGAACUGAAAGAAAUUCAACAAAACAACAGGCACAAGUCCAUACUUUUCACUAAUUACUUUGAAUAUAAGGGUCUUAGCUUUCCAGCUAAAACAGAUUGACCUGACCAGAUUAAAAAAAUAGGAUCCGACAGGUUGUUUCACUUUAGGACACACACUGAAAGUGAAAGAAUGGAAAACAGUCUGCUAAGAAAAUGAAACCUAACAACAGUUGUAGCUAUAUUUACAUCUUACAAAGUAGAUUUUAAGACAAAAACAAGAGGAGGCAAAGAAGGUCUCUAUGUAAUAACUGAAGGAUCAAUCCAUGAAGAAGAUAAAAGAACUAUAAAUCUUUGUGCACCUAAUAAUGGAGCAGGCUGUUUUGUUAGAAAAUCCCAUUAUACUUAAUGGGAGAUAUAGAUAAAAUCCAAUUUUAUUAGGUAUAAUCUUAUUAAACCUAAUGAGAGAUAUAGCAUUGAAAUUAAAAAGUAGUUGGAGAUUUUAAUAAUCCACUGUCAAUGAUGUAGGCAGAAAAAUUAACAAAGAAACACCAGAAGCUGGAAUAGUGGUAUAUGCUUUUAAUCCCAGCUACUUGGGAGACUCUUGCAGGAGAACUGUAAGUUUGAGACCAUCCUGGGCAAUAUAGCAAGACCUUCUAAGAGAGAAAGAAAAGAGGCCGGGCAUGGUGGCACAUACCUGUAAUCCCAGCUCUUGGGAGUCUGAGGCCAGCUCAGACUACAUAGUGAGCUCAAGGCCAGCCUGAACUAUAUAGUGAGACACUGUCCUCCCUUCAAAAAAAAAAAAAAAAAGAAGGAGGGAAAGAAGCUAGAGGGGGAAGAUCAGACUUAAGCUAUAAUAGGGAUCAAAUGGACUUAGUAUUUCCAGAAUGUUCCAGCCAACAACUGCAGAAUACAGAUUCCUUGCAUCCAUGCGUGCAACUUUCUCUAGCAUAGCCCACAUAUUAGGCUAGAAAAUAAGUCUUCAUGAAUUGCAAAAAACCCACAUUAAUCUUUUGUUACCACAAUGGAAUUAAACUAGAAAUCAAGAGCAAGAAAAACUUUAGAAAUGAUACAAACUGUGGGAGGCCUGAGGGGGACCUGAGGUCUGACUGACCUCCUCUGUGAGGCAGCAUGUACUGCAGGUUCUGGGGAAGAGCAGUGCAGCUGGGAUUAGGCUGUUUCCCUGGGUUUGUGCUAAUGGGUAGGGGAAGGGAGGUGAGUCUAGUGCUACUUUAACUGCUUGUAACCGUGUUUGGGGAAAAGCAGGAUGAGCCAGAUGCCUAGGGCUUCUCUGCCUACCUGGCUGCCCUCCUGCUAAUCUGACCCCGGGUCAGGGUCAUAAACUAGCAGGACUAGGUCCCUACAGGUGGUGCCUGGGUGGGGAAAGACUGGAAUGGGCUGGUUCCCCAUGGGUGGCACCUGGACAGGCACCUGAGUAGACCAAUUCGCCACAACAAAUAUUGUCUUGGUUACUUUUCUUAUUGCUGAGACAAAACACCUGACACUCAAAGGAGGAAAGAUUUCUUUAACUUGUUUGUAGCGGUUUCAGCCCAUAAUCAGCUGGCUGCAAGGCAGGGUGGCAUGGCAGACCAGCAUCACAGAAGAGAAACAGUUCAUGGUGGGCAGAAGGUAGCAAAGCAAGCAAGCAAGCAACCAAAAGUAGGCACAGUAGCUUUUUUUCUACCCCUCUUCUAUCCUAUCCAGGUUCCCUGGCUUAGGGUGAGGGCUAAACCAAUCAGUGGACUAAUUCAGUAAUCACACACCCUUAACCCCAGCAUCAGACAUUCUAGAUCUGGCCACCUCUGAAAAAGCCCUAGCUAUGACUGCAUGAAACUGCAUGAAACUUUGGGGCAACAUGGAGACACAGCCAUAGCGUAGAGGGAGACUAACACACUGGACGUGAACUCACUAUGUAAUCCACGCUGGCCCCAAAUUCAUGACAAUCCUCCUGCCUCAGCCUUCUGCAUUCUGGGGUUACCAGCAUGCACUAUGAUGCCUGGAUGAAUAGCACACUUUUGCACAAACAGCAGGUCAUUAAAGUAGGGAGGAAAAUUUAGAAAUUUCUUGUAACAAGAUGAAAACACAACAGAAGAAGUUCUAAAAGGAAAGUUACUAGCAGUGACUGCCUAGAUCAAAAACAACAGCAAGAUACAAAUAAAUGACCUGAUGAUGCAUCUCAAGAUCUUAGAAAAGCAAGAACAAACCAUGCUCAAAAUUAGUAGAGGGAAAAAAGAUAAGUAGAGGAACAGGAAUAAUAAGGAUCAUAGUAAAGAUAAAGUGGUCUACAGGUAUAAUUUAAAAGUCAAUGAAACAAGGCAUUGAAAAGACAGACAGAAUAGCAAGAAGAAAAUGGCUGAGUGGUGACCAGUAUCAAAACACAGCCUCUCUGAGACCCAGAACCCAAACACUGGAAAACAGCAACCUGCUGAAGAAAAAACAGCAGCAGAUCACAUGAAUGAGGAGGGAACUGACAGGAGAAGCUAGAAGCUAGAAGCUAUAGAGAAGUUGGAAAGUCAUUCCACAUGCAGAGAAAAGAAAAAAAUGACACAAAUACUAAUCGAAGAUUAAUUGGAAUUAGUGGACAAUCAGAAGACAGCUCAAACGAAGCGAAAAGGUGUGUGAGAAGGCUGUGAUUUUGGGAUUAAGGGUGUGAAUAAUGGAAGCUCCACCGUGUGGGUGGCACCAAUCAAUCAGUUUAUACCCUGGAUGGAACGGAGAGAGAGAGAAAAGCCAGGCGGAGGCUGUGGCUGCGGGCUGCCUCCUGCCUGACAUUCCAUGGAAAAUUUUUAAAAAUUAAACCUCCCCAAAUAAAAACUCAAUCAAAAAAUGAGUAAGUGACAUGAACAAACACUUCUCAGAAGUACAGAUGAUCAAUAAAUACAUGAAAAAAUGCUCUCCCAAAGAAAAGCAAACGAAAGCUACAGUGAAAGACCGUCUUGCCCCAGAAAGAGUGGCUGUCAUCAUCUAAGAAUCUAAAAAUACCAAAUACUGGUGAGGAUGUGGGGAAAAAGGAACUUUAGUACAUUUUUGGUAGGAAUGUGAACUAGUCCAACCACUAUGGAAACCAGUGUGGAGAUUCCCCAGAGAACUAAAAGAAAUUCCAGUUUAUUCAGCUAUCCCCCUCCUAGCUGUUCCCCCAAAAGUUAAAAUCAUCAUAUUACAAGGAUACAUGUAUACCCAUUUUAUAGCAGCACAAUUUAUAAUAGUGGAAUCUUGGAAAUAAUCUAUAUGUCCAUCAACAGAUUAAAGAUUUAUACAUGAUGGAGUACCACGCUGUAAUAAAUAAAGAUAAGCUUGAGGAAUUUAUAGGUAAAUGGAUGCAACUUGAGACAACAAUAUUAAGUAAAAUAAGUCAGACACACAAGCUCAAAGAUUGCCUGGAAAUAGGAGAAAUAUAUGCAUAUGCACACAAAUAAAGAUAAAUAGGAAGUAGGGAUAAAUUAAAAUAUUUCCUUAAGUUACAUAUUUGUUGGUUGUUGGGGGCUGGGGAUUUAGCACAGUGGCAUAAGCGCCUGCCUUGCAAGCACAUGGUCAUGAGUUUGAUCCCGGAUACUGAUAAAAAAAAAUUACAUAUGUGUUGUUUUAAAAACAUUUCAAUAUAUACGCUAAUUUGCUUCAUUUAUAGUAAAAGUUUAUUUUAGUUCAAUAAAAGAAAAUUUGUGUUGCUGUUUUUUUAA